AUGAAUAUUAUAAAGAAAUUAAUUAGUGGAGGUGGAGGAGGCAAGAAGGAACCUCAAAAAAGCAACAAAAAUUCAUCAAAUGACACUAAUGAAAAUUUGGAAGACGAUUAUGAGCCUGAGCAUUGUGAAACUGACUUUGACCAGCAGUUUGAACAUGCUAGACGCAGUAUUUCAACAACUACAGUGCCAACUAUAACACAUUGCGAAUAUCGCGGCAGUCCCUCACGAAGCAAUCGGAGCACGCCAAAUCAAUCUGGAAAUCUAAAAUCCGGUCGUUCUACCAAAAGUCCAUCCCCUCUACAACCUCCAACCACACAGCGACCACGCUUUCAAUCCUCGCCGUUAGCAACAUCGAAUUCAGUAGCGGUUAGAAAAAGCAGUAAAUCAACACCACUAAUGCAGCGCAAGUCACAAACACCUGAAAAACCAGGGGUUUCUACUGGCAAGGAUUCCAUCCAAAGGAAUAUGACAAUGACACAGCAAAAGCAGGCUAAAGAUUUCGUCGAGUCUCUUGAUUGGAUACAACCAACUCAACAAGUAUCGAGCAGUGUCAUUCAACCUCAAGUUGUGCAAUCACAAAUGAUAGUCCCACAAAUCCAUAUUUGUGAAGCGUUACCAGUCGCUCGACCUAGUAAAGCAGUCACAGCAGUUAUCCCACAGAAACGAUCAGGCAUUCCUGUUCCUGUAGCAGCUUCAGGGAGAGUUGUGAAUAUAAACAAAUAA